UACAUGCAACAAAUGUAUGUAAAUAUGUUCAUUCAAUGCUUUAUGCGAAAUUUCCUUUGACGCGUACAACCAAUGCACAGUGGAUCCGUCAGAGGCCAAAAAUCAAAAAAAUCAACCACACAUGAUUGAAACAAAAUGUAAACCAAUUGUCUCUUAAAUGUCCAAUCUUCUUUAAACCAUACCGCAUUUUUCUGAAAAUCUAACGGGACUUUCUAAAAACAGCAUUGAAAGCGUGAACACGUGUUCAUUUUCGCAACGCAGCUGCGCGCAGAGUGAUUUUGUAAAAUUAAAAUCGAACUUCAAAGAGAUCAAACGUUUGCUAGGGUGCUCGGAAUUGGAUUAUUUAAAAUGCAUUUUGAAGUUGAAGGUUCUUCCCAUAAGUGUGUGUUUACACGCCUGCAUAUUUUUAAUAUAUGGUGCACAGAACACGGAACCAAAGCAGAAAAACUGACGAAAUUGAUUUCAGUUGUGCAGGGGAAUAUUCAAAACAACGUCUACAUUACAGAGUUGAGCGAUCUGUCGAAAAAAGUUGAGAACAUCUGUAAAACAAUUUCAACUUUUUGGAAGAAAUAUAAACGCAAAAAAUCUUCAGUUCUUCAAUACCAAUCUGGUUGGCUGAAUCAAGAGGAAUCGAUUUUGUUAAAACGCAAGCAGUGUAAAUCGCAGCAGAUGGAGGAAAGUACUCAUCGUGGCCGUCCUCAACUGGAUUUUGCUGACUCUUCAACGAGAACUAAGCGACGUCGUAUAGCUCAACUGAGUGAAAUAGAUGAAUCCGCUGUUUCUGCUCUACGCAAUGAACAUCAGAACCAAACGAUUCUGCCAGCAGAUCCCAUUGAAGUUAUUUCACUCUUAAUGGAGACCUCUAUGUCGAAACACCAAUAUUUGGUGAUAAGAAAUUUUGUGAACAGCAAAAUUUCCUUUGAUUUGUUUCCAAGCUAUCAAAAAAUACAAAAUUCAAAAAAAAGUAGAUACCCAGACAAUAUUUUUGUAGACGAAUCUCAUGCGGAAGUCGAAUUGCAGAGCUUACUUAACAGUACAGCAUCUAGUAUAAUAGAGCUUCAGACCAACUUAAUUGAAACUAUUCCUGAGAAUGCAGUUAGCAAUCUAACUUUAAUUGGAAAAUGGGGCUUUGACGGAAGUACGGGGCAUAGCGAGUAUAAUCAAAAGUUUUCAUCCAGUGAUUUGAACGAUAGAAGCUUAUUUGUAACAUCAUACGUACCUCUCCAACUAGUUUCGUAAAUAGAUGAUCAAAUAAUUUGGAAAAACCCCAGACCAUCACCGACUCGUUACUGUAGACCGAUCAGAUUUCAAUUCAAGAAAGAGACAACCGAACUAUCGAUUAAAGAAGAGAAGUAUUUUAAGGAAAAAAUUAGCCUUUUGAAGUCAACACAAUUAACCGCAUCUAAUAGAAAAAUAGUUAUUACACAUAGCUUGCACCUUACUAUGGUAGAUGGAUCAGCGAAUCUUUCACUGCAAAUUGUU